AUGAUGGUGCCGCAUCUGCUAACCACAUUGGCCAGCCUGUUGCUCACCUCGCAGCAAGUCGCCGCUAGCUGUAACAACUGGUCCACGCGCUACCAGACCAACCUGAAGGGAGUAUGCGUCUGCAACGAACUCGAAUGUGACACCGUUUCCAACAACUACACCAGCCCCGACACCGGCCAAGUCGGCGUCUACACCACCUCCAAGGCCGGCGACCGCUUCGCCUACAAGGUCGUCAACGUCGACUCGACGGCGGUGAGCAGCCCCACGUACUCCAUCGACGUGUCGAAGCAAUACCAGACCAUGAUCGGCUUCGGUGGCAGCUUCACGGACGCGGCAGCUAUCAACGUUUACAAGUUAUCGUCGACGCUGCAGCAAAUGGUGCUGGAUCAAUACUACUCGGAGACGGGUCUGCAGAACAGUCUGGGUCGCGUGCCGAUCGGGUCCACGGACUUCUCCACGAGCAUCUACUCGUACAAUGACGUGGUGGACGACUUCGAGAUGGAGCACUUCUCGAUCGCGGUGGACAAGUCGUCGUCUUCGCACAAGAUCGACCUCAUUCAGCGCGCUCUGAACACGUCGUCACGUGACAUCAAACUAUUCGCCUCUUCGUGGGCUCCCCCCGCGUGGAUGACGACGAAGAACACGACUAUUAACUGCUCAUUGAAGGGCAGCCCGGGUGAGGAGUAUUGGGAGGCGCUAGCUCUGUAUUACUCCAAGUUCUUCGAUGCGUACUCUGAGGAAGGUAUCGACUUUUGGGCCAUGACUGUACAGAACGAGCCCUCCAGCUCGAUCCUCCAGACAUCCGAAUGGCAGUCGCUGCGCCUGACAACUAGCCAGGAACGCGACUUCGUGAAGCUGGACUUGGGUCCGAUGAUGGCGAAGAACCACCCCGACCUGAAGAUCAUCGCUGGAGAUGACCAGAAGUCCGGCAUCUUGGAUCGCCUUGCGCCGUUCGAAGAUGCAGAUGCGCUGAAGUACAUCAGCGGUCUUGGUGUGCACUGGUAUCGCGACUUGGACUUCUUCUUCUUCAGCCUGGGUGGAGACUUCGACAAGCUGCUCUCGUUCUACGAGGACUAUCCAGACAUCUUCAUGCUCGCGACAGAAGCAUGUGAGGGCUAUCUACCGAGUUGGCUGGGCACGGGCUCUGGAGUUUCUCUUACGGACUCGGACAAGAGCUGGUCCCGUGCAGAGAACUACGGCCACGAUAUCAUCGAAGACCUGAACAAUUACGUCGCCGGCUGGACCGACUGGAACCUCGCGCUUGACACGACGGGCGGACCGAAUUGGGCGGAGAACUACGUCGACGCCCCCAUUCUGGUGGACGAGACGAACGGGGCCGAGUUCUACAAACAGCCGAUAUUCUACAUCAUGGGUCACUUCUCCAAGUUCAUUCCUGCUGGCUCCAAGCGCAUUGAGUUCCCCAAGACGAAGACGCUGAGUAGCUUCCACCGCUGCGCGUUCGUGACUCCGGACAACCGCGUGGUGAUCCAGUUCAUGAACCGAGAUAGCUCGGCUGUGACGGUGAGUGUGAAGCAGACGGACUCGAAGACGUUCACGCUGUCGCUGCCGGCACACUCGAUGCAGACGGUGAUCUUGCCUGUGUCUGAUGAUACCAAGAUUGUAGGGCUGUAG